CCUCUGUUCGAAACCCCUUCUAAACUUGAACAUGUAGAUAUUACCCUGCUGCACGUUCAUCCAAUUUUCUAACAAGCAAAUACAAUUUCAUCAGCCAUUUGCCUCCCACUUCACUGGCCAAUCUAGCAACCUCUCUACAAACCAUUAUGUCUUCUGUAGAAAUUUACAAAGUAAUAAGUGCUCUUUCAGUCACUGUGCAUGUCCGUACCGGUAUUUUCAGAGGAACAUGUUGCACGGGAAAAGGUCAUUGAGACUUAUUUACCUAUGCUAACCAUGGGACCAAUUCCAACGCCUGGUACUUGUUUGGUUCCCUUUCAUGCAAGUACUUUCCUGCAACCCGAAUAUCAGGAUUGAAAAUAAGCGGGAUCAUUUAAGAUCAGAAGUGUAUUUUUACAGCAGAAGAAUAUGUAGGACUGGAUCAUUCACACCACACCGUCUGCUGCGCUAUUCAAACGAUUCGGAGCAGAUCUUUUCCCUGCAACCCAAUCCGUCUACCUCCUGUCUACUUUGAAGGAGGGCAGCAUUCACAAGAACGGAAGAACUGUGCAGGGUUUUAGGGGCAUUACGGCAAGGAGCGAACGUCGCAACGCUGCUUUUGUGGUAAUUACGGCAGCAAUGUACCUGACUGACAACCUGUAUGACGUCAUGUUGCGAGUCACGAGCCCAGGGAAGCGGGGCUUUUCGGCAUCGGGCGGUGAGGGGGGGAAAGGGGAGGAAACGCACCCCAGUUGGAAGCGCUUAGACUGACGAGACUCUGUACUAUUAAUAACGGCACCGGGGGGAAAAAAAGAACGGAAUAGGGAAACUCUAGCCGUUGGAAAGCUUUUAGUGUGCGCGCGUUUCGGAAGGUGGUGCUGAAGGGAACUGAUUCAGUACUGCGGGCGUGCGAAGGGGGUCAGGGGAUCGAACGCUCCCUCCCAACGCCGGCUAAACAAACAUGGAGGCCGCAGCGUGAGGAGGAGAAGGAGAGGCAGCCUUCGAUCACCAUCGUCACCCCCCCCCCCCCGGUUAAUCGCCGGCGGAAAGCGAGGCGGGGAGAGGGGGAACUACCGGUCCCGAGGAGCCGAGCAGCACUCGGUGUCUCUCCCUCCGCCCCUUCCACUUUCCUAUGGAGCGGCUCGAUUUCAGGACAACCUGCUGCUCGCGAUGCCCAAGUCGAAUAAAGAGGGCGGUGGAGGGUUGCCCCUGCCGCCCGGCUGGGAGGAGGCUACGGAUUACGAUGGCAAGCUGUACUACAUCGACCACAACACCAAGCAGACCAGCUGGGUGGAUCCGCGCGACAGGUGGACCAAGCCCCUUUCAUUUGGUGAUUGUGUAGGAGAUGAAUUACCAUUAGGCUGGGAAGAAGCAUUAGAUGCACAAAUUGGAGUUUAUUACAUUGAUCACAAUACACAGACAACGCAGGUGGAGGAUCCUCGGGCUCAGUGGCGAAGAGAACAGCAAUGCAUGUUGAAGGACUAUCUGGUAGUCGCUCAGGAUGCACUGACUGCGCAGAAGGAAAUCUACCAAGUGAAGCAACAGAGAUUAGAAUUAGCUCAACAUGAAUACAAGCAGUUAUAUGACGUUUGGAAAGAUAAAUCUAGUUCCCAGACCAGCUUAUUCUCAAGCUCUUCGUCUAGUACUAAGUAUGAUCCAGACAUUCUCAAAGCUGAAAUUUCAACAACCAAAUCAAGAGUGAAUAAAUUGAAGAGUGAGCUGACUUAUAUGAGACAUGAACUGCAGUAUAAAGAGCAAGGAUUUGAAACUCUUAAAGCAAUUGAUCUAAAGAUGUCAGGAACACGAGGAGGAUACAAACUUGAUGAAGCAAAGGCGAUUGUGAAUGAAAUGAAAACCAUUAAAAAAGCUAUUAGCUCAGGAGAGAAGGAAAAAAGAGACCUCAUUCAGUGCCUGGCCAGAUUUAGAGACAGUUUCCGACUUCAAACAGAGUUUCAAUCUGAUCUCUGCAAUAGUCAUUCCUCACUAGUAAAUUCAAAGCAAUCUGUUACCCGGCACUGUUCAGAUGCUGGAUCCCAGACAGAUAUCUCAGGAGAAUUUGUUUGUGGUAGAAACACCAAAUUGGCUGACAAGGUGAGGCUUAGCCUGCAAUAUGAAGAAUCAAAGAGAAGGAUUUCAAACAUCAAAAUUGAGCUGGCUAAACUCACUAGUGAGACAUGGCCUGGAGUACUGGAUGCAGAGCGAGACAGACUUAUAUUGAUUAAUGAGAAAGAAGAGCUAUUGAAGGAACUGCAGUUUAUAAACCCUCGCAAAUGGGUACCCAGUGAGGUGGAGCGGCUGGAAAUGGAACGAAAGCAACUGGCAGAGGACCUACAGGUAGCAAGAGAUACACAAAGCAAAGCACUCACAGAAAGAUUAAAAAUGCACAGCAGGAGGAACUACUUGUUGAGGGAGUUAGAAGACGCAACACGCUUAGCAUCAAUAUUACACUCACAACUUCAAAGUCUUUCAACCAGCACUCUUUCAUUAUCGUCUGGUAGCAGCAAAGGGUCAUUGACGUCCAGCCAUGGAUCUCUUGGUGCAUCUAGCCUCGAAUCUUCAAGUUCUGACCUGUACUAUGAUCUUCUGGAACAAACAGUAGACUUAGACUAUCAGUAUAAGUUAGAUAUAUUACUUCAAGAGGAUACCUCAAACAUUAGACCUGCAAGUUCUAUAACCACCAUACAUGAAAAUGAGGUGGCAAAUACUCAUAACUGUUUCUCACACAUCGAUUCUUAUGGAAAUCUAAGCAAGGUUCACACAGGGAGAUGUUUGUCUGAGACACCCAGGUCUCUAGCUUCACUGAGCCCAAGGUCAUCGUUAUCCUCCUUAUCACCACCUGGUUCUCCUGUGGUUAAAGAUAACCAGUUUUUGAUAUCUUCGGGGGAAUCUCUUUCAAUGCAUGCCAAUACAGACUUUGAAGAAACAGAGCUGCAAGAAACAAUUGCUAAAUUUAAUAUGUACACUGAGAAUGAUAACCAGAUUCCUUCAAAAUCUGUGCCUCCAGAUGCAGUCUUUUUACCUUGUUUAAAUUUGGAAACUGAGAACAAGUCUGAACCUGGACCAUUUAGUAAUUCAUCAAACGUACAGUCUGAAGUGACUGGAACUUCUGCUAAAUCUGAUGAAAGAAUAGAAGAUGCCAGCACUCAAACAGAAAUGACUGGAGCAGUUCUGCAUCCCAAAAUUGCUUGUGUUUCAGCAGCAGUAUCAGACGAGUCAGUAGCAGGUGAUAGUGGAGUAUAUGAAGCUGUGAAAAGGUUAUGUGAGACAGAGGAUGCACUUUUUGAGGAUGAAAUAGAAGCACUGGGUGCUUCCAGACUCCAGAUAGGAAUGAAGUAUGAUGAUAAAAGCAAAAGAUUUGCAGUAUUUAUUAUUCAGUUGAGCAAUCCAGCAGCACUCAUAAUACCACAGAACCAGACUAUAUAUAUCCGAGUGGCUGUGCUUCCAUGCUCUGAAAAUGCAAGUUGUCUCUUCCGCACCAAGGCUCUAGUUACUGCUGAAAGUGUGAUGUACAAUGAAGUUUUUUGGGUCACUAUUUCCUUUUCUGCGUUGCGUCAGAAGACUCUGCGAGUUGAUGUUUGUUCUGUGGAUAAAUCUCACCGGGAGGAGUGUUUGGGUGGUGCUCAGAUCAGCUUGGCAAAUGUGAAUAGAUCUGGAGAGAAAUCAACACACUGGUAUAACCUCCUUAAUCACCAUUAUCUACAAGAGCAAAACAUAAAGCAUCAUGCACAAGAUGAAGCUGUUCUUCAAUCAGAUACUAAUCACAGUACAAGAGAAAAAAAGUCUGUGUGUACACUUCUGGAACAAACAACUUCAGAAUUGGAGGCAGUUGAACAAAGUCCAGAAAACAACAGAAAUGUAUCAAGUAUUGAAGACGAAUGGCAACCAGUACGGGAAAGUGACUUUGGAAAGAAAGGAGCAGCUGACAAUGAAGAUCAAGAAGUGGACAGUGAAGGAGUUCCUUGGGAAAAUGAAAACUAUGUUGAUACUGCCAGCGAACAGACUGGCAGUUGGUCAACGGUCACAGCAGUAACUUCAGUGAAGGUUGAUAAGGAGACCAGCACAGAGGAGACUGUGGCAACAACUUCUGCAGUGCGUCCAAAAGAUAGAAGAGUUCCUAAUACUCAGCAGAGCCCAUUUGUGAGAAGCAAUGCUAUUAUUCGUUCAAAAACUUUCUCUCCAGGUGCACAGAAUUCCUACGUAUGCCGGCUAAAUCGAAGUGACAGUGACAGCUCAACAUUGUCCAAGAGGUCUCCAUUUGUUCGUAAUGCCAUGGAACGCCGUAGUUUGCGAAUGAAAAUGCCUUCAAUCAGAAGAGUGGGAUCAGAAAGACUCGUGCGGACCUCUUUAGAUUUGGAGUUGGAUCUGCAGGCUUCAAGAACCAGAAAGAACAGAUUAUCUCAAGAACUGGAUAUCUUGCGGGAAUUGAAACAGCAAAUUGAUGAGGCCAAGUCCAGAGGAGAGACAGAACUGCCUCAAUGGGUAAAGGAGGAUGAGCGAUUUCAAGCCUUGCUGAAGCAAAUUGAAAAACAGGCAGAGCAAACAAAAGAACAACAAAAACAGGAGAAUAAGGUUCAAAGACUUAUGAAGAAAACGUCUAAAGAGGUACACAAAUUACGAGAACAGAGUCAGAAAGAGCCCCUGGAGAUGCAGUCAUUCUGGGAGAAGAUGGCAUUUUUUACACGAGGGAGAGGAGGUUUCCCUCCAUUACCUGCUGAUGAUGUGUGAUCAUUAAAAAUGUUUUUGAAUUCUUUGCAGUAAUCAGCCUUGCUGCUGAAUUCUUAACAUGAUUUAAUUAUUUUGUUCGUUGUGGAGGUACAAAUAUAUUUUGUAAAUUUUAGAAAUCAACAAGGUAAUUACAUUGUUUGAAUGUAUACAAAAUCUACACUUUGAUUAUAUGCUUAACUUCUACAGAGAAAAUGUAGCAUACAUUAAUGCUAAAACCAAUUUGUACAGUUUAUAUUUCAGUCAUUUUUUAAUGAAAUGAAGAUAAAACAUCACUGAGAACAAAUUAGUUGAUAAUGCAUUUAUUCUAAAGGAAAUGUUGCUUUCGGGUUAUUGUACAGUAAUUAGUUUUAUAAAAGUUAAAUUUACAUAGAUUGAAGCACCAAUUAGAAACUGUGACUAAAUAAUGUUCAGUAUUGUGUGUGAUGUCACUAUUUUGAGGUACCUAAACAGAAGCUUUAUAUUCUUCUAUUAAAAUAGUCUGUUAUAUUGAAAAAAAGCCCCCUUUUUCUCCUCUAUAUAUUUAUAAGACCCUGGAAAACUUAACUUUGGAAUUAAUCUAAUGUAGUUUUUAAAAAUGUACUGUAUUUGUGUUCAAGUUAAACAAUCUUUAUUUGAUAAAUUUAGUUUUAACACUGGCUAUAUUUUAGGACCAGAAAAAUGAGAAUUUAAUUUUCAUGAGUGCUGUUUGUAUUAUGAAAUAUGUUCAUACUGCUUUCUUGCUGCUGAAACUGGGAACAAUUGCAAGACUCAACAAAAAAAGUUAAAUAUUUUGAGCCAGUGCCAAUUUGAACUGCAAUAUAUGACAUCAAGUACCUCUCCAGAGAUUGAAUAAUGCUCUUUGCCAAUAGUUACAGAUGACUUAACAAUACAGAUUUAUCAAAUAUCAACAUGAAUCCCUUUCCUUUAGAUGUAGACCUUGAUUUUAGAUAGAUUAUGCUUCAUACUCAUCUGCUGUAAGUUGUGGCUUUAUUCUGUUUAGAAAUUUGAUCCAUACACUAUAACAAUGAUGCACUGAUUCUUUGUUUCUAUUUUUCAUACCAAUGAUUUUAAUUAUCUUUAUGAUAUAUAGCAUAACAAAGUGUGAUUAUUAAGGAGUCACUACAUCAUACUAUAACAUUAGCUGAACAUUAGGUCCAAAGAUCAUACAUAUUCAAGGAUUUGCAGUCUGCUAACAAACUGCGUCCUAAUAUCAUCCAUGAUUUAGAAAUAAGUGUGAUUGCAGUCUUUCCUUCAUGAUAUCAAAAGACUUUUAAAUUGUUGGACAAUGUGAAGGACCAGGGUAAGCAUAAAACUGGGAGAGCAGGUAAAAGUGAAAAAAAUAGGGGUUUUAUUUACCUGAAAUGUUUAUAAACUCAACAGAACUGUUCCAGAGUCCAAACUUGAAUCAGCUGAGCAGAACUGGGUUACAACAACAUAAUAAAGUACUCCUCAAACCAAGAGACACCCCUCAUCUCCUGACUGUGGGUUUAUAUUUGAUGCUGGCCAGUCCAUAGUAAAUUGCAGAGGAGAGAAAACAUUCCUGUCCUUAAAAAAAUACAGCAUAAAUGAAGCAGCUCCAGAUAACACCCCUCUGGCUGUAGCAGCAUGGCACAAACCAAUUAGCCAGCCCCAUCUACUAAGGCUGGUGUAAUGCAACAGCUCAGUUGUUUACCAGCUUAUCAGGAGGAUGGUUGGCUACAGGACACUUUAGUAUGCACAGUUGAUGGUGCAGCUGCCACAGACAAUAUUCAGCUUUUGGCUGUUGUCAAGCAGAUCCAUAGGUCUAACUGUUAAGGCCAUCAAUAGGUGGAAGGUAAUGCACCCUCAAGAGGGCUGUUCAGCCUAAUUGCCCACCUUUUUAGUUACAUUCCCUCCAAAGAUGCACUUGUGGCUUCUGUUACCUGUACACCCACACUUCGAACUAAUUUAAAUUUAAUUCAAAUUACAUCUUUUUUUUUAAUAGGUUCUCUCUAAAAAGGGAUAGUGAAUUAGAAAUUCCAUCACAUACUGCAUAGUUUAUAUACUACAAAAUAUGUGGAGGCUUAGAAACAAUCAAUUAAAUCAGCACUCUAUGUGCUGUUACGUACCCUGUAACUGGGUGUCUUACCACCAAAGAUAGAAAUGUCCGUUGGAAUCCGGUACUAUUUUCAAAACAGUGUUUAUUAGUAAAAAUAUACAAAUCAAUAUCAACAAUGCAAAUAUACAGACAAUACACGUUAGCAAUACUAAACCUAAAAGUGUGGGUAUAAUAAUAAUCAAUAAUAAACAAGCUCUAUCGAUGUCUAGGGGAUAAGGAAUUAUCAUGGGAAAGUAUAAAGUUCAGUUCAUGUAGGCUGAGGUAGUUGUUGGUUCUUUUGUUGUAACCGUUGGAGGGGGAGAGAGCGAGAGAGAGAGAAAGGGCGAGCAAACAGUGACAGCUACAGUCAUUCAAACCUUCCUUUCUUGAUCCGUCGAUGUGUUGUUGUGGCCAUUCAGGUAUGACCCCUCUGUCCUUUAGCUAGACCGUUCUUCCAUGGCGGACUCGUCGUCCAGGCAAGGGUGGACGCACACACAAACCCCAACGGCCUCGCUAUAAACACUGUGAGCUAAAAUUGACCGAUCCAUCGUUCGGUCUCCGAUGCCCCACACUUUUCUCGUGGGUUCCAACACUUAAACAGUGAUCACUGGUGUGUCUGAGGGGUGUCUCUCCAGACCUCACUUUUAUCCCUACUCACGGGGUCUCAGGUGUCAAUCAGUUUUGAAUGGCUUAGUCCAUCAAACCAGCCCACUCCGGCUGUCCACUGAGGAAUUUUAAUAAACAGAAUAGUACCAAGUAAACAGCCCUCUCCGGAGCCGUGAGUCUUACAGGAGUCAUAAUAUGGUCUCUCUCCCCCGGUGUUAUCAGCAGCAGAUGUUCCAGUCCCAGUAUGUUUUUGUUCCAUCUCUUUCUCUCUCAUUAGCAUCCUGGCAACAGUAACGGUUUGUAGUUCUCCCAGGGGAGGGGGACAUGGGCAACUCUGUACCCUUCUGCCCAUCAGAGUUGAUCAUCCUUCGUAACAGUGCAUUCAGUGGGAAUUUUUCACUCUCCCCUGUGAAUAUGAUAUGUUUACUUUAAAAGUCCACUCAAUGCAUUAGUAGUGUUGUUAUUCUGUAAGCAAUGUAUUUUUGGUGCUCUGAAGAAAUUUAUUUGGCCCACAACUGCAAGAGCAGUCCAAAGUAGGAGGGAGAAGACCUUUUUUUAGCUAAGAUUAUACAGUCUUCUUUACCUGAGCCAGUGCAUGUAAAAUCUUCUGUCCUUGACAGAGGCCCUUCAUCGUACUCUUGCGCACGAUGCCUCAUAUGUUGUGCCCAUAGGCUAACAGGUCCUCUGUUUUCAAAUUGAAAAGCUAUGGCCGACAAUUGGAAAUUAGUACUAAUCCAUUUUUGUUGCUGACUUGUUUCCUCUUACUGGUGUUUAAAAAGAGCCACGAGUUUGUGCAUAUAUAAUAAUUAAACCCUUUAUUGGUAUUAGCACCAUUAGUCUAUUAUGCUAUACUAUUCUAUGUGCUUACUAAAAAUAAUGAAUUAAUAGAUUCAUUCUUUUAAUCAUGAUAUAUGUAUUUAAUCAAAAAACAGCCACAUAUAGAAAAUACAAACUUUAGUCUACAAAUCCGUCACUUCUUAAAAUGAAUUUAGUCAAUUCAGUAAAGUUGACAAAACUAUAUUUGCCAUGAUUUGUAUCCGUGACUUGAGAGAUUAGAAUUUGCAGUUAUAAGGAGGUACAUGCUGACAUAAUGUAGCAGCUAUCCCAGGUUCAUUGCAGGAAGACUGCAUCCAAUUAUCUUUCUAUUACUAAUAUUCCAAGUUAAUUUUGUGACCAUUAAAUUUUAAUUCUUUUUCUCAGUAAACAAUGAUUACAACUAGGAGAGCUCAAUUUUUUAAGUAAGUAUUAAAUUGGAAGAGUUUGUUUGGUACCUUGUUUCUUGACCACCAAACAAAUCAAAAGGAGUCCAAUCCUUGGAAUUGUGCAUGUUCUGUGAACUGGUUGGUUUAGUGUUUAAGCUAUACAGUAUGUCAUGACUUGGUUUGCAAAAAUACUGCUGCUUUAAGUGAGCCAAUUUCUUUGAAAUGCAAAAUGCCUUUUCAUUUUAUAUGUAACUAAUUUCUAUUCAGUAAAUAGAGAAAUAUACAUGUUAUACUUGAGAUUGUACUCUCCUGUAUUAGUUAUUUGCAUUCCCCCUUCAUUUCUAAAUUUCAUUCACCUUUCAUUGGCAUUCCAGAUAUAGUGUAUUUACCAAAGAUCCAGUCUGAGUGUCUUCUUUGAACUGGACAUUUAAUAACAUUAGUCAAUACCACUGGGUUACGAAUUUUUUAUUGCCCGAUUAAUUGGAACAUCUCUUUUGACAUGAUUAUUUCUUGCUCUUGGGUGUCGAGGCAAGAUAGAAAAUCAAUGAAAGUAAAUCUUUCUUGUUCAAAGUUUGCUCGGGAGGUAUUUUGGUAUAUUACUGCUGCCGAUUUGCUUCAUAGCAUUUUAUUGGAAAGGGUUUAACAAGAAGAAAAAAGUGUUUUUAAUAAAUUCAUUUUCAUUAUUUGUGUUAAAAACGCACCAGAUUGGUUAGAUUUUGAAUAGUGGAACCAUUUCAUAGUUAUAGUUCAAUGAAGCAAAAAAAUAAAAAGAGUAUAAAUGCAAAGUUGUCUUUGAGCAUGUGUAAUAUCAGAUUAUGGGCCACAUCAGUUUUGUAAUAGUUACAGGAGGCAGUAUCUGAGCAAAACUUAAGUUAAAUUAUUUUGUAAUUUAUUUCAUACGAAUGAAUAUUGCUUCACUAUAUAUUUAUUUAUGAGCUAAUACUUAACAAAAGGCUACAUACAAGUUCAGAAACAGAGUUGCGGAGGUGCACAGUAGGAAUGAGAAGGAAAUAUAUAAAAUAACCUGACUGAUAUACAGAACUGUAAUACCUGCUCAUAUUAAAUCUGCUCUUUGUUUCAGCAAAUAAUCAUUGCAUAAAACUUAAUUCUUGGAUUUGCUAAAUGGAUAAUCCUCUCCUUACCAUUUAUGUGCAUGCGUCAGCACAUAAACAACUGAAAACGUAAAAUAUUUGCCAUUUUAAAAAAAAUUGAGCUCUCUUGAAAUUUGAAUGUCAAAGGCUGCUGUUUAAUUUUAUUACUUUCUGAUAUACACAGAAUAGCAAUAUUGUGUGUAGUUUUUAGUUAUUGUUUAUUUAUUGUCCAAAAUGUGAAUUUGUUUAGAGCUUAACCUUUAUGACUAGAGAAGGGCAGAAGGGGGCUAGAAUUAUGCAACUUUUUUUUCACGACCUCAGAUUUAACAGAAGUAGCUCCAAUAUUUGAAAAGAAUUCUCUGCCUUAGAGAUUUUGUUGAUGGUCAGAUUUGUUGCUUCUGGGACUUGUACAGUAAAAAUGUGCAGAUAUGUACAUUCCACCUUCAUGAAAAAAUUGAGAUUGCAUCACAUCAGUACCUUUUAUAGUUUUACACUGAUUUCUGACUCAAGCUACAAUCAUUCCAUUUUCUUGAUGAAAUGGGAUUACCAGAGAAUAUAGGCAUUGAAAUUUCAGUUAAUGUUGAGUUAAGUUUUGUCUACAGUGGGCAAGUACUUUGACCAACCUGCCAACAACAAUCUGAUUUGCUUAAGUGUAGUAUCACCUGAUGAUGUAGGAAUAUUAUUGCUCAAGUUCUUGUAGUUACUCUGUAUGAUUUUCUUUAGUGAAAUUGUUAAAUAUUUGAGUUGUCUUGAUAUCUUUUCAAAUUAGCACUUUAAAAAAGAUGCACACACUCAUGUAUACAAUCUCCCAACCUAUUUCUCCAAAAUAUUCCAGAGCACUUCAUUUCCAAGUAUUUAUUUUUGGAAAAAGUCAUGAAAAUUAUGUAGGCCUUUCAAUCGAAUUGAUACAAUGCAAUGCAUUUUUUUCUUUCAUCUUCUUUCAUGUGCCUCUCAGUUUAAUUUUCAAUUUCUUUAUUCCUAGUUUGUUGAUGGAGCUUCCCUUAAAUGCAUUUACAGCUUUCCUCAGUCUCUCAUGGUGCCAUGCACCACUUUUUAAACACAUCAGUCAAUCCUAUUAAUCUAAUUCAACUCAGUGAUAUCAGGGACACUACAAAUACUCCUUAAAUAUUAAAGAACAAGUUUUUAACACCAUGAAAAUCAGGAUAAUAAAUUGAUGUGAUAUUUAAUGCAUUUAAGCUCCUAAAUUAUUCAGCUGCAACAACUAACAAAAAUAAUGAGCCUUGUUUCUAAAUUCAGCCUAUAACAGCAACUUUACCCACAUUUAAUCUUUAUCAAUUGUUUAAAAUUCUUGACCACAACUUCAAUCUGUCCAAUUUCAAUGGAUUUUAAAAGGCAAUAAUGGGACAACUCUUUUGAUUAUAUCCUUAAGCUACUAUUCUGUAAUCAAUUUUCAUCAAACAUUAAUGUUUCAAUUGCAGAAUAAACACUGGGACAUAAUCAAAGUUCUAUUGCUUAUGGUUUUUACUUUUAUAUUUCCUUCAAAUUUUGUCCUCACCAUCAUAUUAUUGAUAUUACAUUCUUACAAAGAAGAAUGUGUUUAAUUACCCUUAAGUAGAUUGAGGGUUCUAUUAUGAACUACAAGUGUUUGUCUUGAUCUGAUUUUUAAUAAUUUUCCAUGCAUUUCAGUUGCAUGUGACAAUAUACAAGUGGAGCAUAGGCAUGCUACCAGGAAAUUACCUUCUUGCCAGAUUGAUUUUAAUGUAUUGUUUUAUGUGGAAUCAAUUAAUCCAAAGGAGUAACAUCAUUGAUGAUUUUACGAGUAUAUAGGGCUAACAUUUGUUAGCUAAUCAAUGCUCAUUUCAUGUUUUUCUAUUGAUAACAUUUUACAGAACUUUUUGAUACAAUUGUCAAGUUAAAAAAAUGUGAGAUCUAGAAGUAUUGCUGUUAUGAUAGUUGUACCACUUGUGCAAAAACUUCUUUAAACAUGGCAAGGGAAUGCCACUAAUGGUGAAAUUUAUUGCAGCUGCACCUUUAUAGUACUUGCAUUAGAGAAUUUUUGUUGUGAAUAGUUGACUACUUUCCCAAGUUAUAGUGUUAUUUCAGAACGUAACAGUGAGGAACUGUUUGGCUGAGCUAUUGGAUCAUGUACAGCUACAUUUCCUUGCUCAGAAGAACUGAAAGGCCAUUGAAAAUGAGUUAAGAGGCAAGAUAAGAGCUCAGUGUUUUAUUGUCGAGAGACAAAAUAGUUAUGUCCAUCAUCACCAAGAGUGGCUCCCAUGAUACUUACACUUGCCCUUCUUAAUACUGAAGAUUAGUGCAUUGAAAUUGUGAACUGAAUGUAUUUUGGCAGCUGUUUCCCCAUCAGGGAAAGAAAAAUUUCUUCACUUGUUUCUGUGCUUGAUGUUUGGGAUAUUCCAUACCUAGACUUGUUUAAUCUAAAGCAUUUGGUCAUGAUUUUCAGUAUUCAUACUGCACAAAUAAUCAUAAACUGCUUGGUUUGUGUGACAAUCAUAUAUCUUGAAUCAAUGUUUCCUCUUACAACUCCAAAGAAUAUGUUGACCAUGUUCUAUUUCCUUAUUCCUUUUGAUAGAAAUUCACAAUUUGUUGCAGUUGAAGAUUUUUUUAAAAACAAAGAGAAAGAAUUUUAAGUUGGCAUCCUGUUUUUCUGAUUAGUGAUUCAAUAUCCUUUAAAUUAAUCAUUAUUUAUGGUCAGAUGAAAAUUCAGGUUUCUCUCAUCUAGCUUUUAGAAGUUUGCACUAAAUGGCCUGAAAGGUGUCUCUGUGCCACACAACCAGCAAAAAAUGACCAGCAUUUUAAUCAUGACCAAACCUUUAGGUCUGUAAAUAAGUGUAGCUUACCUUCCAUUAAUAUGAUACUACAUUUAAAUGAUGUCUGUUGUUUUCAAUUUUGUUCUUUAUCAAUUCAUUGAUUUAAAAUAAAUAUGUAUUUUAGGAAAAA